UUCCUGUCGCGGUCGCACCAUGGACCUACUGCACAGUGCAGGGGUCCAGGCCACCAGCUACCUCCAGGAAAACUUCAUGGACUUCCAGGACUGGUUUGUCUUCAUCUCCACUGCUGCUGACCUCAGGACAACUUUCUCUGUCUUUUUCCCAGUCUGGUUCCACCUGAAGAAGGCUGUGGGGAUCCGGCUCAUCUGGGUGGCUGUGAUCGGUGACUGGUUCAACCUUGUGUUCAAGUGGAUCCUUUUUGGAGAGCGACCCUACUGGUGGGUACAUGAGACAGGUUUCUAUGGCAUCACGACACGCCCUGUGAUCCAGCAGUUUUCCAUCACCUGUGAGACUGGACCAGGCAGCCCUUCUGGCCAUGCCAUGGGCUCUUCUGGGGUCUACUAUGUCAUGGUGACAGCAUUAUUAUCACAACUCCUGCCAAAGCAGCAAAACAUCUGGACUGCCAGGUGUCUACGUGGCCUCCUCUGGACAGGGUUCUGGGCUGUGCAGGCCUGUGUGUGUUUAUCCCGAGUCUUUCUUGCUGCACAUUUCCCACACCAGGUGAUCUCCGGCGUUAUCACAGGUAUUUUGGUGGCAGAGGUGUUUGAGCACAUCCACUCCAUCUACAAUGCUAGCCUGUGGCGAUAUGUGGGCACCACCAUCUUCCUCUUCGGCUUUGCCCUGGGCUUUUACCUGCUGCUCAAGGUGCUGGGUGUGGACCUCCUAUGGACAUUGGAAAAGGCCCACAAGUGGUGUGAACGGCCAGAGUGGGUCCACAUUGACACUACACCCUUUGCCAGCCUGCUUCGCAACCUGGGUGUCCUGUUUGGGCUGGGGGUAGGCCUCAACUCUCCAAUGUAUGCGGAAAGCUGCAAAGGGAAGCAAAGCCAAUGGCACACCUUCCAUCUCAGUUGUAUUGCUUCUUCACUGUUCAUCCUGCACUUGUUUGAUACCUUUGAAUUGCCCACUGACAAGGAAAUCCUCUUCUAUAUCCUCUCCUUCUGCAAGAGCACCUGCGCUCAAAUUUGUGGUGUGGCAUUGAUCCCCUAUUGCAUCUCCUGGCUCCUUCAGUCAUCAGAGAAGAAAGACUUAUAGGGAGCAGAAAUUUUGGAAUGCAGCUACCUUGGACAUGGUUCUUCAGCCCUCAGUACUUAUGUCUAAAGGAAUGCUGACUGUUGUGGAAGAUCAAAUGAGGCCACCCUCACAUUCAUACAAUCUGUUUCAGGUUAGGAUCAGGAACUUUCUAAAACCCCAGAAGGGAAGGCAUGAGUCUCUCAGUCAGGUAGGGGGAAGGUGACUAGCACUUAGAUUUCUCAAAAAUCAGAGUAGUUUUUGGAAUAACGGAUGACCAAUGUACAUUUUGUUAGUGCUAAAGCAAACUGCAAAUGCAUCCUACGUAUGCAACAGCAGCAUGUGGGAACUUAUUCUUUUGCUGUCUUUUUGUCGCCAUUCUCCAGUGCCAUAUGUCUUCUAAGUUUCUGUGCAUCUGUUUGGAUUUAUCUCCUUGUCUGAGUCCCUCUCACAGACACCAGCCUUUACCUUUGCCAUUUGUCCCUGGACUUUGUUCUUGUGUAUUUGCAUUUCACCCUAUUUAACAUCUGUCCAGAUUUUGUGUUGAAGACUUUCUGUAUAAUUUUUCCUAAUAUACUAUUCAUUGUUAUCAAGUGCUUGCCACAAUCCAGGCACAAAUGUGCAAACAUCAACCUAUUUGGUGCAAUCAGGCGUACAGGAUGUGUGUGUGUUGUCUUGUAUAUGAGACUAGCAGUUAUGUUUUACUUGGGCUGCAUUCCUACACACCCGUUCCCGGAAGUGA